AUGAGUAUUCCCGAGCUUGAGGGGCCAGCAGAGCAAUACUACGACGAAGAGCAGUCGAAAAAGUACACGCAGAACAGUAGAAUAUGCCAUGUGCAGACAGAAUUGGCAUGGAGAUGCAUUGAGCUGCUUGGUGUUGAGAAGGGAGGGCUUGUUUUAGAUGUUGGAUGCGGAUCUGGAUUGAGCGGAGCGGUUCUUUCUGAUUGUGGAUAUCCUUGGGUUGGCAUUGACAUCAGUGAAGAUAUGCUAAGCCUGGGUGUGAGCCUUGAAGCAGGGGGGGAGGGAUAUGCCAGGAUGGACAUGGGAGAAGGACUGCAUUUCCAGCCGGGGACGUUUGAUGGGGUGAUAAGCGUGAGUGCAGUCCAGUGGCUGCUUUACUCGUACUCAAGCGGCUCGAAUCCGACGAGAAGGCUCCGAACGUUUUUUACGACACUGUACACAAUUUGCAAGCCUGAGGGGAGAUGUGUGCUGCAGUUUUACCUGAAGAGGCAGGAGCAGAUUGAGAUGCUUAGGAAUGAGGCAGUGCGUGCAGGGUUUGACGGAGGGAUCCAGAUUGACGGAGAAGGAACCAGGAAUGCGAAAAGCUUUCUUGUUCUUACGAUGAAGGGGAGGAAAAGGCGUGAGGAAAAGAAAAAACGAGUUGGAAGGAUUGAUCUGAUUGUGAAGAAGAAGGAGCGGCUGAGAAGAAAAGGGAUAGAGGUGCCUAGGGAUAGCAGGUAUACUGGAAAGCGGAGGUCGAAGCGAUAG